AUGGAAAAACGGGGAAAGCGCCAGCAUUCUUCGUCAGGUUCUGAUAGUGUAGAAGAGGAGCGCUUAAAAGAUUUAAAAGAACGAGAUGAAUUCGCCAAAAGAUUAAAGAAACGUGAUGAAGAAAAGGUUAAAAAAGUUACAGAGUCCUCCAGUAAACGAUCAUAUGAAGAAGCAGCUAAACGGUUAAAGCUAGAAGCAGAAGACAGAACCAAAAUAUUACCAAAGCUCAGGGUUCAAUCUAGACGAAAAUAUUUAGAAAAAAGAAAGGAAGACAAAGUUAUAGAGCUAGAAGCAGACAUAGCUGAUGAUGAAUAUCUGUUCGAUGAAAGUGUAUUAACAGAAAGAGAAAAAAAAGAAAGAGAGCAUAAGAAAACUAUUUUACAGUUAGCAAAAGAACAUGAAAAAGCAAGAGAGUUAGAAAAUGUGCAAAGAUAUCACAUGCCAAGAGAUUUAGGUAAAGGUGAAAAAGGCGAGUACAUUGAAGUUGAUGAAAAUGAAAAAUUACCGCAUUCUGAACAACGCAAAUGGGAACAAGAACAAAUUAAAUCAGCGUUCUUCAAAUUUGGAGCAAAAGAUGCAAAAGCGCAAGACGAGUAUGAACUCUUAAUUGAUGAGCAAAUUGAUUUUAUCCAAGCUCUUCAAUUAGAAGGUAACAAAGAAAAAAAGCAAGAUGAAGAAAAAUCUGAAUAUCAAAAAAUACGCAUGACAAUUGAAGAAACAAAAAAAUCUCUGCCAGUAUAUCCCUUUAGAGAUUCUUUAAUAGAAGCUAUAAAAACAUAUCAAAUAUUAAUUGUAGAAGGAGAAACUGGUUCAGGUAAAACUACUCAAAUUCCACAAUAUUUGCAUGAAGCUGGUUUUACCAAAGAUGGCAAAAAAAUUGGCUGUACUCAACCAAGAAGGGUAGCCGCAAUGUCUGUUGCAGCUCGAGUAGCGCAAGAAAUGAAUGUAAAACUAGGAAAUGAAGUUGGGUACAGUAUAAGAUUUGAAGAUUGUACAUCUGAUAGAACUGUUAUUAAAUAUAUGACAGAUGGAACUCUACACAGAGAGUUUUUAUCAGAGCCAGAUUUAGCAUCAUACAGUGUCAUGAUAAUUGAUGAAGCUCACGAACGUACAUUGCACACUGACAUAUUAUUUGGUUUAGUCAAAGACAUCACUAGAUUUAGACCAGAUUUAAAAUUACUCAUAUCAAGUGCAACAUUAGACGCUGAGAAAUUUUCUAAUUUUUUUGAUGAAGCGCCAAUUUUUAGAAUACCCGGAAGAAGGUUUCCUGUUGACAUUUAUUACACGAAGGCACCAGAAGCUGAUUAUGUUGAUGCCAGUGUAGUAUCUGUUUUACAAAUACACGCGACGCAACCAUUAGGAGACAUAUUAGUCUUUCUAACAGGUCAAGAAGAAAUCGAGACAUGUGUAGAAAUGCUCCAAGAUAGAACAAAAAGACUAGGAAAGAAAAUAAGAGAACUUGUUAUAUUACCAGUGUAUGCUAAUCUACCUAGUGACAUGCAGGCUAAGAUCUUCGAACCAACACCAGAGGGGGCACGAAAAGUUGUUUUGGCUACUAAUAUUGCAGAAACCUCUCUGACCAUAGACAAUAUUAUAUAUGUAAUAGAUCCAGGUUUUGCAAAGCAAAACAACUUCAACUCAAAAACAGGAAUGGAAAGUUUAAUGGUAGUUCCAAUAUCUAAGGCGUCUGCUAAUCAAAGAGCAGGCAGAGCUGGUAGAGUUGCACCGGGUAAAUGUUUCAGACUUUACACUGCAUGGGCAUACAAAUAUGAACUUGAAGAUAAUACCGUUCCAGAAAUUCAAAGGAUAAAUUUAGGAAACGCUGUUCUUACCUUAAAAGCGUUAGGAAUUAAUGAUCUUAUCCAUUUUGAUUUUUUGGAUCCACCUCCGCAUGAAACAUUAGUUUUAGCAUUGGAGCAACUUUACGCUUUAGGGGCACUCAAUCAUCACGGUGAAUUAACUAAGGCUGGUAGAAGAAUGGCUGAGUUCCCAACAGAUCCUAUGUUGGCUAAAAUGUUGUUAGCUAGUGAGAAAUACAAAUGCUCCGAAGAAGUUGUAAGCAUAGCUGCAAUGUUAUCAGUUAAUAGCUCUGUAUUUUAUAGGCCCAAAGACAAAAUAAUACACGCUGAUACGGCCAGAAAGAAUUUUUUUCACAGGCACGGAGACCAUUUGACAUUAAUGAAUGUGUAUAAUCAGUGGGUUGGUUCUGAUUAUUCAGUACAGUGGUGUUACGAAAAUUUUAUACAAUACAGAUCUAUGAAAAGAGCUCGCGACGUCCGCGAACAGCUCGUUGGGUUGAUGGAAAGAGUGGAAAUUGAAAUGGUGUCUAGUAUAUCAGAUGAUACAAAUAUUAGAAAAGCGAUUACUGCUGGGUACUUCUAUCACAUUGCAAAAUUUUCUAAAGGUGGACACUACAAAACCGUUAAACAUAAUCAAACUGUAAUGAUACAUCCCAAUAGCGCUUUAUUUGAGGAAUUACCUCGAUGGGUUAUAUACCAUGAACUUGUGUUCACAUCGAAAGAGUUUAUGAGACAAGUUACUGAAAUAGAAAGUAAAUGGCUAUUGGAAGUAGCGCCACAUUAUUACAAGUCAAACGAGUUAGAGGAUUCUACUAAUAAGAAAAUGCCUAAAACUGUAGGAAAAUCGUCAGGAAAUCAAUAA